AUGUUCGAGUUUCAAAUAAAAGCAAAUCAAUGUUUAAAUAACAAUAAAAACAAACGUUUGUGGGUAUUCUUCGAUGAAUUCAAUACUACUUCUUCUAUUGGUCUAUUCAAAGAGAUUAUUUGUGAACGAACACUUCUCGGCGAACCACUACCGGACAACAUGAUAUUCUUAGGAGCAUGUAAUCCACAACGAUGGACAAAGACAACAAAUAUUCUUCAUGAUAAUAUUGGAAUAAAAAAAAAUCCUUAUGAUAUUCAACGGUUGAAUGCUCAUUUAGGUAGAGAAUCUUUAAUAUAUCACGUAGUUCCAAUUCCUGAAACAAUGCUUGAGUAUAUUUGGGAUUAUGGAUUUCUCGAUGGAGAAACAGAAAUUGUCUAUAUUCGAACAAUGCUAAACAAAUGUAAUAAACUUGCAAAUGAAACAUCAUGGUACGAUUAUACAGUAUCAUUAGUUGCAAUAUCGCAGCAAUUCUUUCGUGUAAAUGAAGACACAAGUAGUGUAUCUCUACGUGAUGUUGCACGUUUCUGUCGAUUUUAUAAUUGGCUUCUAAACUUGCCUCGUGAAUUCAUGUAUGAAAAUGUUAGAAUUUCGAAUCAAGAAUUUACUGAACAAACAACUCUCGUUGCUCUUCUUCUUACGUAUUAUCUUCGUCUUAGUUCCUUCGAAAUGCGAGAGUCCUAUUUGAAUAACAUUUCAGUGGUGCUCAAGAACAAAUUUCGAAACUGGAGUCAUGUACCAACGUUUUUAACUAGAUUACUACAAAAACAACAAAAGAAUUUAAUGACCAAGAUCAAACUACCACCGGGUACGGCCAUUAAUCGAGCACUUAUCGAUAAUAUCUUUGUUCUUUUCGCAUGUAUUUUAAACCGAAUACCAGUUAUUCUAUGUGGUAAACCUGGCUCAAGUAAAACAUUGGCUGUCAAUAUUAUUCUAAAUAAUUUGAAAGGAAAAAGAUCCAAUCAAAAACUCUUUCACACAUUGCCCGAAUUGGUUCCUAGUUCAUAUCAAGGUUCACAAAACUGUACUUCAGAAAAUGUUAUAAAAUUAUUUGAACGUGCUGAAAAAUAUUUAGAUAUUGAGAAUAAUAGUGAUAUUUUACCAGUGAUUGUCUUUGAUGAAAUUGGUCUUGCUGAAUUAUCUUCACACAAUCCAUUGAAAGUGCUUCACAGUAAAUUAGAAAUAGAAACAUGUAGAUAUGGGUUUGUUGGUAUAUCGAAUUGGUGUCUCGAUGCAGCUAAAAUGAAUCGUGUAUUGUAUUUAUCUUGUGCAGAUCCAAAUGUAGAUGAUUUACGAUUAACAGCAGAAACUAUAGCAUCUUCAUUACUUGCAAAUUCUAAUCGAACUAUGCCAAUUGAUAAUUCAAUAGUCAAAAAUCUUGCUGCUGCCUAUUUUGAUUUAUACAAACAUAUUAAUGAACAACCUAAAUAUAAAAAUUAUUUUGGUCUACGUGACUUUUAUUCUUUGAUCAAAGGAGUUGUAAAUGAUUUAAUAAAUGCAUCAACUGAACAAGAAUCUUAUGCAUGUGUUCGACGACAAUUAGCAAUUAAUUUUGAUGGAAUUUUUGAUGGUUCACAAUUUUUAUGGAAAAAUUUUUGUAAAUAUUCUCAUCAAGAAUAUUUAAUCGAACAAGAACAACCACCAACAUUUAAUCAAAUGAUUGAUCGAUCUCUUUCAUUGCAUAAUGGUCGAUAUUUAAUGUUAAUCGGAGAAAAUGAAAGUAUGUUCGAUUAUGUCGAACGAUAUAUUAAUGCUAAACAGAAAUCAAUACAAACAUUAAUUGGUAGUUCUCUAACAGAUGAUUUUAUUGCUGGUACAACCUAUAGCGAACUAUAUAAUCGAAGAAUAUUAAUGGAUAUAAUUCUUCAUGCUGAAACAAAUGUAACUUUGAUAAUGCGUCGAAUGGAUCAUAUAUAUGCAAAUCUUUAUGAUUUAUUCAAUCAAAAUUUUGAUGUAUCAGGAAGUAAAAAAUAUUGUCGUAUUACACUUGGUAAUCUCUAUCAUCCACGUUUUCUUAUUCAUGAUGAUUUCUUUUGUGUAAUAUUUAUUCGACAACAAGAUUUAAUAAAAUGUGAUCCACCUUUUCUCAAUCGUUUCGAAAAACAUAUCAUUGAUAUAGAAAGUCUUAUUCAUUCAUGUCAUUUAAUGAUUGCAUCAAAUCUCUUAGAAUGGAUUGAUAAAUUAUUAUUAUUAUACAAUUCAAAUAAAAAUUUUCCACAAAAAAAACAUCUUUUUGUUGAUUUUAAUCCAGAUUAUAUUACUAAUUUAGUUAUGGAUGCAUUUGAUUAUUUAAAAAUUUCUGAAUAUGAUAAUGAAAAUCAAAAAGAUGUAGUUAUUCAAUAUUGUAAACAGAAAUUAAUUCGUACAAGUUCAUUUGAUUUUCCUCUUCAUUUAUCAUGUAAAAUUAAUGAUGAUGAUAAUAUUCGAAAAUUAAUUGAACAAUAUUAUAAUAUACAUAAGAAUCUUUCAUUUUCAGAUUUAAUUAAUCAAACAUUAAAUCAAACAAUAAUUUCAAAUCAAGUUGUUUAUACUUAUACACAAAUAUAUGAAAAAAUUGAAUAUAUAAACAAUAAUGAUCUUGUUGUUGAAGUUAAAGUAGGUAAUUUUAAGAGUGAUUUUGAAUUAAGAAGAGUAAUUAAGGAACACUAUCGAUCAAUUAAAGCUCGUCUAUUACUUAUUCGUGUUGAUUAUCAUGAAGAACAUAAACAUAUUCUAUUUCUCAAAUAUCUCGUAGCAAACGAGAGAAUACCAACCAGUGAUCAUGGAGUAUGGUUAAUAUUUCACUUACAACGUAAUAUCAUACAUGAAAUCAACGAUGAUAUUUUGUUUAAUGGAUGGUCAUCGGUUAUGAUUGAUAAUCUUAAUAAACACAAACUUAUACCAUGGGAUGUUUUAAGUAAUCCUUCAUAUCGUAAUCUUCUACUUCAUGCAGAUUUUUCUCUAUCGCACACUACUUUCAAUGAACUUAUUACUCGAUCUUUCAUAAGAGCUCGAUAUACAGUUGCAUGUAAAGAUAAAGAAAGUUUAAUUAAUGAUCGACGUGAUUCUAUAAUUAAAUUAUUGACUCAAUCAAGUAUCGAUACUGAAUCUCUUUAUUUGAUAAUUAAAAAUCGCCUCUUGGAAUUGAUACGAACAGUUGAUAUAAAUCAUACUCGUUCUGGAUUUAUUGAUUGGCGUUAUGAUUUACUCACUAAUGGAACAAUUAUUGGUUCAUGUCGUUCAAUUGAUGAUGCUUUGAGAAUGACAAUAUUACUCUAUUAUUGUAAUUAUUUUUUAAUGCUCUUAGUUGAUAUUGAAAAAUCUUCAUUAAUAGAUUCAUAUAUGUUUCUUAUGUCGAAAACAAAUGAAAUUAUAUAUGAAAAUUUAAAAUGUAUUUGGUUUGAUUGUUUGAAAUUAACAUUUGAAUCUAUGGAACAAACAAUUACAUUUAUGAAUACAAUUGAAAUUUUACUCAUUUUUGAUCUUCGUCUACCUCGUUCAAGAUUCGAACAUGAGAUUAUUCAUCAAAUAAAUCAAAUGAUUAAAAAACCCAACGAAAAUAUUGAUGUUAAUCUUCCUGAUGAGAAAUUAUUAUGUUUUGCAAUGAAAAGACUGCGAAAUACAAGUGUCUAUGGAAAGAAUAUUGAACGUAUACUUAAUAAUAAAGAAUUAUUUGAACAUUAUUAUCAUGAUCAACUUGCAAUUCUAUUAGAUGAAAUACGAAUUGAUCAUUUAACUGUUUCAUUUGCACAACGUUUGUUAACAUCAAAUCCAAUGUUAACUAUCGAAGAUAAACUUAAACAUUUUCUUAUGUAUCGGGAUGAAUUAAUUGAAUUAUUACAUAUAUUCGAGAUCGGUAUGGAACUUAUUGGUGAAGAAAAAUGGAAUUUCGAUGAACAAUUUUUUAUUUCAGACAAAACAAAAAUGACAACAAUUAAUAAUUCGAGUAAUCUCUAUAUUCUUGUUCAAGUAGAACAAGAAUUUUAUCAAGUUCCACCACAAAAAUCAUUAAAUAAUGAACUUUAUGAAUGUAAUGGUGAUCCAUUUAUAGAAACAUGUUUGAUGAAUUUAAUCGAAUUACUUGUUUCUUCAUCAACUAUUCAAUGUAUUGAUAAUAUUGCACAGUUAUCAACUGCAUAUAGUCUUAUUAUACAAGGUGUAUUCGUUCUCGAUCAUUACUUAGUUAAUAAUCUAGAAAAAUUGCGUUCGUUCGAUAGUCUUGUUCGUUGUAUUAUGAAUCUAAUUCCUCAUGAUCGAGCUUUAAUUGUUUUUAAAAAUAUUUGUCUCAAUAAUCAGAGUAAUAUUGUUUUCAAUGGUAACUUUUCGACAUGCGAAAGCAUUCAUAAAUUUAUCGAUAAUUUGGAUGAAAUGAUCAAAAAUGAAAAUAAAAAUUCAAUUAAUCUAUUAAAUUGUCGACCAAUGCUCAAACUUGAAGUGGAAUUUUUAAAAAAUUGGUUAAUUGAUCAUAGUAAAGAAUAUUGUACUGUUCUUGAAUCAAUUUGUAAGUCAAAAAAGAAUUUAUGGUUUUAUUCAGCUAAAAUAUUCAAAUAUAUCGAUCAAAAGUUUGAUUUAAUGUCAAUAAUAAAUAUUAGAAUGACAGAAUUAUCAUUUAUACCUGAACUUGAAUGUCUUGAUCAAUAUUUUCGUCAAUCAAAUGAUAAAACACAAAAAAUUGAACGUAUUUUGAUCAAUCGUAUACAUGUAUACCUUAGGAGUUGUAUUACUGAUGAACACAUGAUUGAAAGAUACUUAAUUGAUAAUUAUAAUUACUUUCAAGAGAAUAUUCAUAGUAAUAAAUCUAAUUAUGGACUUUCAAUGAUUAUUUCGAUUGCUUGGCUUAAAGUUUAUACUGAAAUGUAUGCAUUUUCUUUGAGUAAAGAUAAUCAUAGCGAGAUAAUGGAAAAUAUUGAUAAACUUCUGACAACGGAUGAGUCUAAAUUUUGUUUGACUUUAAAAAUAUAUAUUAUUAAACAAUUAUGUCAAAUUUAUCAUAUUGAUCUUGCAGAAUUAUAUGAAGUUUUUAUCAAUCGUAAUUGUUAUUGGAUUAGAACGACCUUUUGA